AGACACCAUCAAGGCUAGUGAAGAGCCUAAAGUGACAGUCAUAAAAAAGGGUAAGGUUUAUAAUAUUUUUUAAAAGCAUAAACUUAUAGAUAAAAUGUAUUUAGACUUAAAUAAGAUCUUCAAUAUGCCUCUGUUGAAAUUCUAUGAUUAAAUGAUUAAUUUUAUUUUGAUUUUGUUUUACUUUCCAUGGUAUCAUUAGGUGCGCCUUUACAAUCGAAUGCCGGUGGGCUUGGCCAGGGGAGUGAAGAGCACACUCCAAAAACUGGGAAGCUAAAAGCAGAACAAGAGAAUGCUAAAAGCUCAGCUGAAAUAAGAAAGAGUCAAAGGAUACAAAAACAUUCUUUGAUCAGCAGCAAUGAGAAGUCACAUCAGAAUAACCGAAGAAAUUCCCCAUUGAAGGCGGGGCAAAAGAAAGUAAAGGGCGGGAACUCAUUCCAGAAAGAAACUGCUCAUCUUAAGAAACCGGUAUUGUAAACGACAGAUGUGUUUCGCUAGAAAACAGUCUUGAAAAAUGUAUAUAUUUUGCUUUAGAUUGUAAACAACCACAGUAAAACCUCUUUAUUCAUCAUUAAUCUGUUCUGGUGGCCUGAAGAAUAUGGAUUCAGAUGAAUAUAGAAACAUUUUUUCCCCUUAAGAAAUUUGAUAGGAAUUGGCCCCAAAGAGUGUUACAUAAAUUUUGAUAAAUACAUUAAAGUUUAUCAAAACUUCACAUUGGUUGCAGAGUAAAGAUGAUGGUAGAUUGAAAAUUAUUAUUGUAUAGAGAAUCACCUUUCAUUUAAAAACAUCCGAUAACUCCGAUUCUAGUGAUGGGUUUCAGUUGCAUAAGAUCUUACAAAGAACUUCACUGAUGUUGCACGUUUUUUAAAUUUUUUUUUAAACCUUCCUGAAGUAGUCAAUCACAUUAUCAUUAAAUGCAUUUAUGUUUUGGUUUAAGGUGGCUUCUUUUUUUUUCCCACUCUGCAUUUUGGCCAAAAUGGAAACCAAAAACAAUUGUGACAUAAUAAUAAUAAUUCCCAUAGAAAUUAUCAGCACAAGGCUGACUUGAGUUGGUUUUUAUGUCAGGAAUGUAGAGGUUUAACUGUGUUAUAUUUUCAAAUUCAUGAAUCUGCCACUCCCAGCCCUACCACACUUUACGUUCCCUUGCUGUAAAUGUAAAAUGAACUAUUUUUUAUUUCUUCCAGGUCAUUUCUGGCAGGAAAAAAGCUGACAUCACAGAUCAAGAGGUGACCGUUUUGACAGACUGGAUUAUCAAACCAAUACCAUGCAGUCGUGCCGUUUGUGUUGAGGGGCAAAAAAUGUAAGUAUAUUUAGCUAAUUGCAUGGUAGUAAAGCAAAUAUAAACCGCAACAACUGUUUAUUUACUUUAAUGAGUAGUUUUUAUUGGGUAAAUUCAUUCUGUUUCCUAGUUUAAGUAACUAAAUUAUUAACAGAAAAAGUUUCAAAAGUAAUAUUCCCAUGGUGUGACUAAACACAUAAUUUUUCUUUUGAGUGGAGCCUUUAAGAAAAAGGAUAGCGACAAUAGCCUUAGUCCUUUGUUUUUCGUCCUCCAUCUGCAAAGAUGACCAGGGGUAUAUUUGACGGUGAGUCGAGGUGACUUGUGAGUCCUAUCUGUGCCUGAAAAUCUCUUCCUUACGGAGAAUGCUUGUCUUUUUUGGGUUGUAGUGGUUUAGGAUGUAAUUCUGCUUUUCCUAGCUGUGCAUUUUUGUUGGGCGUGAGGUGUGCAUUUACUCUCGAGUGUGUUCCAGCAGAUAUUCAGUGUAAGAUCUAAAGCAAGUGUUUAUAAUGAGCUCAGGCUGAUGUCCAAUAAUUUCAGGGACACUUUUAGGCGAUCUUGAAAUAGUUUUACUGCCUUCCGAGUUCUCCCUUUUAUAGUUGACAGAACAUUAUUUGUUUAGGCUGUAUGUUGUCUGACUUUCUUGUACAAUGUCCAGCCCAUCUAUCUAGUUCAUUUUGUAAGAAUGUGUUGAUGCUGAGAAAGCCUGCCCAUUUAUGAUUUAAUAUCAGAGACUUUGUCCUGUCGCCAUCUGUUAGAAUGUAUCUUUAGACAACAUAGGUGGAGAUAGUUUAGGGUCUAGCAUGCCUAUUGUAACUUGUCAAUGUCUCACUAAAAUAUAGGAGAAUUGUUGGUACAAUUGCCCUUCAGCUUGGUGUUAAGACUGAGAGCUCUUCACUCCUGCAGAGUUCUCUAAUUUACUUUUGCUUUGGCAAUUUUGUUACUGAUUUCAUGAUCUGCUGUUACUGAGGGUGAUAGAAUGUAUUUUUUGUUUGUCUUUGCAGAGGGAUGAAUGACUUCUGGCACAGUACUGCUAUAUCGGAAGUGAAAAAUCCUAAAGUUGUCGUAACAAUCUCUGGCUCUACCUAUCGAUUGAAGGGAAGAAUCAACAGACUUUGUACCAUUGACAAUGGUAAGUGAUGCCAGCUUAAUUGUUAUGGCUGUUCAGCCAACAGCUUUUCUUGUUGAAAAGUAGCAUAAAAAGAUUAUUUCAUAACGGAAUCAUCGUAUUUCCCAAACGCACAGGGGAGGUGGGUUAUAUUAAGAUAUUUAGUGUACGAUGAUGGUGAGAGGGUGGGAGAACAGUCUCUACAAAUGAAUACAUGACCUAAAAAUUUUGACAAUUCUCUGAAAGCUAAAUCCAAAGUUGUGGUUUUGGUGAAAUUUAUAGUAAUUAUGAUUGAUUGUAUAAAUAAUCAAUUGGAUUCUCAUAUCAGCUGUGUUGUUGUUGUUUUUUUUUUUCUCAAUAUCUUAUGUCACUUUUUUUAUUUUCUAUAAUUAAUGAAAUCUUUUAAAAUAUUUACCCCAUGAAGUCUUACACUUAAAUCUCUGUUUGCUGUGUUAGCUCGGAGGAACUUUAUAAUCUAAAAUGCUCAAUUUUCAACUAACAACCCAAACUAUUGUAGUCGUAGGUAAAAAAUACAACUUCAAGGGGAUGUCACUUGAAGGGGAUGUCACUUGAGAAACAGGUAACAGUGAUGUUCUCAUUAAAUAAUGCAUAUUCAUUUCAUUUAAAAAAAAAAUUAAAAUUUAAGUAACCUUUCAGAAAAUGCUAGUGUGGCCCUCCCUAUCUUAACAGGAAUACAUUUUUUUCUUCAGAAAACUACAUUUUUUAUUUUAUAAUAAAAACUGUGUAAGACUAAUAUAAAUAUAAUAAAUAACUACUUUCCUCAACUGACUUGAGAUUUAUGACAAAUUAGACAAUGGCUCCAAAAUUUACUUACCUUAAGCUCUUUUAAGACAAAUAUUUUUUGUGAAUGUGUGGAAUUUAAAUUUGAAAAAUUUGCCCUGUCUAUUUUCAAUAGAAAACUUCCAUUUUUCACGUUGUCGGUCCCCUGUAUGUUGAGGCCACUUAGGGCUAUCCUAGACCUGAGACAUAUUCAGACAAAUAUAUAUUUUAUGUUGUCCCCUGUACUUUGAGGUCACUUACAGCUAUCCUAGACCAUUUAAUAAAUCUUAUGUAACUCACACAAUACCAGUGGAAAACUUCAGAAAUCAUACCAAUUCCAAAGAAAAUUAAGGUAACGUGCAACAAGGACUUACGACCUGUUGCAUUUACCUCUAUUGUCAUGAAAUGUUUUGAGAAAAUAAUUCUGAAAGAAAUUUUGAAUGAAGUACACCAAAAACUUGACCCCCACCAAUUUGCUUAUAAGCCUGCCAGAAGUACGGAGGACGCAAUCUUACUAUUGUUGGAGAGACUUUACCAUUACCUAGACAGUCCUAAAACAUAUGCCAGAGUGCAUUUAACACUAUCCAACCACACCUUAUGAUAAAGAAAUUUUCCUCGAUAGGUGUCAAUUUAAAUAUUCAGGCUUGGAUACUGAACUUUUUAACAAAUCGACCACAAUAUGUCAAAGUAAAUAACCAAUUAUCUCCAACCAGAGAUAUAAGCACCGGGGCACCACAAGGCUGCGUUCUCUCUCCUGUACUGUAUACCAUAUAUACAAAUGAUAUUCAAAGCUCAAGCGACACCGUUCCAAUCUUAAAAUUUGCUGAUGAUACCACCAUUGUUGUUUUAAUAUCUGAAGGAGAAGGCAUAUACUGCAAUUUAGUUACGAGCUUUAUCAAUUGGUGCGAUGAAAAUUUUCUCCAGUUGAAUGUCUCAAAAACUAAAGAAAUGUUUAUUGAUUUCAGGAGGGGGAAACACCAGAUUACAGAUCUCAACAUAAAAAAUCAAAGUGUGGAGAAAGUGGAGGCAUACAAGUACUUAGGUGUCACCAUUAAUAAUAAGCUAACAUGGCAUGAGCACGGCCAAAUGCUGUAUAAGAAAUUCAACCAAAGACUGUUCUACCUCAAAAAAGUGUACAAUUUUGGUGUAAACAAGCUAGUCGUUAACUUAUUCUACAGUGCAACUAUUGUAAGCCUGCUUAAUUUCAAUAUUACCUGCUGGUGUGGGAAUUCAACGUCUGAUAUUAAAUACCGCAUAAACCGACUAAUCAAGAAAGCUAGGAACAUAACACAAACUAAACAUCCUUUACUUGAAGAACUAUUUGAAGAAAGAUGUUUUUGCAAAACUAAACACAUUUUGGAUGAUACAUCCCACCCUCUUCAUCACAGAUACUUAAGAUCGGGCCGUUCUGGACGAAUUCUUUCCAUCAGGGCGAGGACUGACAGAUAUAAAUUUCUUUUGUUCCCCAAUCUGUACGAAUUUACCAGCAUGCUUCCUCUGAAGUCACACAUCUGAAUGAGAACUAAUAAGUCCCCGAUUUUGCUAAGAGAACUCACUGAAUGGCUGUUUGAAAUAAUUUAUUAUAAAUGUCUUGUGUUAGAAUUGUUUUAUUUUUGAGCUGAAAAUCUAUAAUGCAAUCAAAAAACAUUUCCAUUUAUUUGGAUCAAUAAAAGAAUCUUAUCUUAUCUUAUUUUUAUGGCAGGUUAACCUGUGCAGUUAAAGCUUCAGUAUCUCAGAAACUUGGACUUAUUAAAAUUUAUAUAUGAACAUUGUAUUUGUUGUUGACAGGCAUCCUUAUUAAAAUGUAUAUAUAUAAUAUUAACAUUGUAUUUGUUGUUUACAGGCUUCUCUAAAGACAUUGCUGAUGCAUUUUCUAGUGGAUUUCCCAAGAACUGGAGGGAACUUAUUCAAGAUUUCUAUAGAGAUAUCGAAGAAAGGUGAACUAUAUAAUUAUUUCGCAUUUGCUGGUCCAACAAUUUGGAACGCCCUUCCUGUUGAUCUCAGAAACAAACAGACACUGGAGUCCUUUAAAACCGAUUUAAAGACACAUUUAUUUCGCAAACACCUUCUGAGACGAUUGUCUACCAUAUUUUCCAGUUAAUGCAUAUUGGCUGUGUUGCUUAGGGUUGAAAUGGCUAGAAAGACUUUGACUUGGUAUGCUUGUAAUUAGUUUUUGUAGUGUUGCGUUUGUUUUAAAUGUGGUAAAUUAUAGAUUUGUUUUUUGUUGACUUUGUACUGCGCUUCGAGCUAAGUUUGAAAUUUACAUAUUCUCAUGAUGUAUGGUAUGAACUUGUCAUUGACAAUCUAUGUAGCUUUAAAUCGCAGGUGACAGCAUUUAAAUUUAAAGGUGUCAAUUAGAAAUUGUUCCAGUCAAAUCACUUGAACGCAAUUAUUUUUUUGGAAGCCAUCACUUUUCUUCUUUCAGCAAAAAUCUCCAAAAUUUGUGGAAAUUAUUGAAAUUUAUACAUAUUUAUGGAGAUUGUUUGUAAUUAUUCAUACUCAUAUGUUAAAUAAUUUUCAGAGAUAAAAAAAAUUGAUAAAAUAUUAUUAUAUCUAUAUCUCAUUUUUAGUGUUACUAAAAAAAUUGAAAUUCAGUAGCAGGAGAACUUUUGAAUUGACAAACUUAAUUUUUAUCAAUUAUCCAACAAGAUUUAUGGAUAGACACUAGAGCUUAAACUAUAUAUUCUAUUGCAGUAUUACCAUUCAUGAGGAAAAAAGACAACCUACAAGGAAGAUGAAAGCAUUCAAAUUGAAAUCUUCACCAACUAAAAAGAAAACUGGGAAGAAAGAUGUCCUUGAAAAACAUUCUAGUAAAUAUUUUGUGUAAUUUAGUUUAGUUGAGGAUUGCAGGCUUUUGCAACUUUGAACCCUUUAAAAAAGUAGAAAUGCCUUUUAAAAUUGUAUUAAAAAAAAAAAAAUAACUUCUAAUUCAUUUAUUAAAGUACAAAAGGACUCAUAGAACUUAGAAACUGCAAAAGGAAUUAUAGAACUUGGAAACUACAAAAGGAGUUAUAGAAAUUAUUAAAUAUACUUUUGACAAAGUGUUGAUGGAGGAAAUUAAACAAUGUGCAAACAUUUUUAUCAUAACAUAAAAGUAAAUGGCUCCUCUGUUCUUACAUUAUUUUUCCUUGAAAUUAGAUUUUGCUUCCCCAGGUUUGGUAACUCUGAAAUAAAGGCUUUCAAUGGUACCUAUUGGGAUUUUAUGAAACCAUUCCUUUAUCAAUUUGUUAUUAUUUUUCAUUCUUGCGCCCUAUUUUUUCAUCAUAGGUCUAUUCAGUUACGGAAGUGUCCAGUGAAAUCAAAGAAUUAACAUAUGAAAUAAACGGGAAAUUUAAUAGAUAAAAUAUUUUAAAAAUUAUUUAAAUUUAAUAAGGCUAUAAGGGAAAUCGAAGCGAGGACUGCAAAGGUGAAGUUAACAAGGAUGGCGGAUAGGAUGUAGAUAUCAUAUGUAGAUAUCAUGGACAGAAGGGUGAUGGGAUUUAGCUUUACCUACAGAUAUUUCGAACUCUUUGGCAAACAAGAAAACCGACCAUUUUCAGUCCACUAAAUCUCCAUGCCAGCCAAGUUUUUCUGUCUGUGUGUACUUCUGCUGUCAAAGGCUUCUUAGCUGAAACAUCCGCUUUUUUGUGUUACCCUUCUUCAGGGUUGUCUCUACCCUGUGUAUAGUUUUUAUUGCUUCAGCAGCUAAAGGAUUUUUUGGAGAGAGAAAAAAAAAAUGCUUUGGAGGAAAUAAAUUGAAGCUUGUGCAUUUUCAUGUUGAAUCUCCAGUUUGGCACAAUGCAAAAAAAAAUAUAUAUAUUUUUUAAAAAAAUGGUAUUUUAAACUAAAUGACCCAUUUAUUAAUUUAUUAUUUCCAGGUAUUUCUUAAGAUGCUCAGAUCAGUGUCCCCAGUAGGCUUUCAGUAAAUUCUACUGGUUUGAAAUUGAAAGCUUGUUGAGGAUUUCAAAUGAAGUCUCUGUCUAACAUUUCUUUUAAAAUAAUAAUAUUAAGAUUACCCAUCAUCUCUUUAGCCGUCUGGACCCCCGGGGGCCUGAUACAACAAGAAAUCAACACAGCAGAUGUAACGGUUACCAGGAGCGGCCGCAUUUCACUUCCGCCUUUGGCCAGGUGGGUCGGGCAACGUUACAUUCAAGUAGAAGGUACAAAUAAAAUUCAAAUCGGCUAUAAAACCAAAGCAGCCGAGCAGGCCCUCAAUCAAGUGACAGACAGCAUUCUUCAGCUACCUAAGGUAAUUUUCUUUCUAUUUAAAUUAAGCCAGAGCUGUCAAACUUUGAUUUCAAACUGGAUAAAACUUGUCAUUGGGGGGUUACAAUUUGUACAAUCCUGUCAGUUUUCCCAGGGGGUCGUAUUGAAGCUGGUCCCUCUGCUCUUUGUGUGUAUAGCAAUGAAUGGGUGAAGGACUUGUAUUUUAUUUUAGCUGGUUGCCAUGGUAAAUGAAGCCAUUCAUGUUUAUUUUGUUUGCAAUGGAAAGAAAACUACCCCUGCAUCAUUACAUACACAGUUAUCAUAUUCUUAUAGCUGUAAGAAAACUACCCUUGUGUUACGACCUUAAUUACACUUAAAAUGCUACGACGUUAGUUUGAUACUUCCUCUCACAUAGAACACAAGGUCCAGUGUAACAAUAUAUAAUAUUUAUUACAUUCUUUACAAAGCAGGAUACACAUCAGUCCAAAUACCAAUUAUCCACUCGCUCCUAUCUCUACUGACUAACUCUUAACUGACAACUCUGACGACUAACAAUUCUCUUGCUCUACCUUUUUUUCCCUGACUCUCUCUGUCCGACUUUCUUCUCUGUCUCUCUCUGACUGACCUCUAGCUAACACACAUCCCUUUUAUAAUACCACACAAACAACUCAGCCUACGCAAACGUUCCACACCACGGACUAACUUCACGCUCUGACCUCACGAUCAACAACUCACGAUCAACAACUCACAAAACACUCAUGAAUCACAACUCCCCCUACCCAACAUUCACAACAAACUAGUUCACAACACCUUGCAUCAUUACAUACAGUUAUCAUUUUCUUAUACCUGUAAGAAAUCUACUCCUGCAUCAUAACAUACACAGUCAUAUUCUUAUAGCUGUGAGAAAAAAAUCAUUUCAGCAGCCUAUGGUAAUUGAUAUUAGAUACAUUAUGGGCCACAACUCUUGCUUAACCAACUGCAUGUCCAAAAAUUAAACUGUUAACAAAACAACUCUCAUAAUUUGGGUAAAAGGAGUUCGAUAUGUGCAAGUCUAGUUAUGUGUGUAGCAAUGAACAUUGAGAACUCUUUAUUAGUCUGCAAUUAACAUCGAUGAGACUGAUGUAUUAAUGUAUUUUAGUUGGUUUUUUAACACUUACUGGCCAAAAUUAGUUGCUUAGCAAUAGUUAUUUCUUAUUAUUAGUUCAUCCUUCAAAAAUAAAAUAAUUUUAAACAAAUAAAUGACUGGCGUAAAUUUUAACGCCAUAAGCUCAGUCUCUAACUAUUUCCAUUGUUUUAAAGAGGAGUUCAAACAAUAUUUCAUUCAAUAGAUCUAUUUAUAACUUCUCUCAUAAGUAAGAGUUAAAUAUUUUAUCCUCCCUCAGAGUGCACUGGCAAAGACAUACCAUAAAAGUUUAUCACAAAGUCUCCAGUCUCCCACCACUACUAAUAUGUUAAACGGAAAAGAUUCCUGUG